GACGUGGAAAGCUUUGACUGGCUAAUAAAUCGUCUUCAAUGUAGUGCCCUAGCCCCCCGGCGAAGGAGCCACAUAUCCAUCGUUUUUAAUUUGCACGCUCCUUGAUGACGCGUGGUCGUAGGGCUCUUGUACGCCUUCCCUUCUAUAAAUCCCACUCAACACCCCCUUCUUCCUCUCUAGGACAUCCCUCUCCUCCUCUCUCUCUUUCUCGAUCGAUCUCGAUGAUAACAUUUACCUGACAGAUUCCGUAACUUAAUCUUAUCACAAGAGACAAUGGCUCCAAGGGAGAGGUCUAACGCCGCUAAAGGACCCACAGCCGGCGCUGUCAACGGUAAGGAGACUCGUUACAGAGGCGUGAGGAAGAGGCCAUGGGGCCGCUACGCCGCCGAGAUCCGAGAUCCCGGCAAGAAGAGCCGAGUCUGGCUUGGUACCUUCGACACUGCUGAAGAGGCGGCGCGUGCAUACGACGCGGCUGCGCGUGAGUUUCGUGGCGCUAAGGCAAAGACCAACUUCCCUUCCCCUUCCGAAGUCGUCACCAACAAAAUCGCCGGUCACACAGCCGCCGCCGUUCGGAGCCCUAGCCAGAGCAGCACCGUUGAGUCCUCUAGCUCUGCACCAACACAAAUCGCUGUGACUCCUCCAUGUCUCGAUCUAAACCUCGGCACCAGUGCACAUUUGCCGGCAUUUUUCCCGACUGCUCGUCCGAUUUUCUUCCUCGACACCCUUUCGCGGCCCGAUUCUAUCAGCAAUCGCCUCCAUAUGUUCACACUGCCCCGAUCUGUGACCAAUUUAAACCCUAACGUCGCCGUUGGCGUCCAGAGCGACUCUGACUCAUCAUCCGUCGUUGAUUAUAAUUAUUCUGACCGUAGUUCACCGAAAAAGGUCCUUAAUCUCGAUCUCAACCUGGCUCCAGCACCGGAUGUCGAUUGAUAUCACCGGACCUAAAUCGCCUCCUCUAUCGAUUUACCUAUCCACGUCUAGUUCAUUAAUUCCCUCAAAUUAAUCGCGUUUUUCCUUAUGCAAAGUGUAACCAAAAAAAAAAAAAAAAGCUGAAUUAUUUAGGAAGGAAAUCUGUGGAGAGAAAACGGCAGCCAGACAUUCUUCGAUGUGCUGAUAUAUAUGUAUAUGUAUAUAUAGUUAUAACCAAGCUCUCUUUUUUUCCGGCUGUGGAUUAUAAUUUCUCAGAUGGUGGUUAUCGGGUAUCUGAUAAUGAGAUUUUUGCUUUUGUUUUCAUCUGAAAGCAAUUUCAACAAUACAAAAUCUGUCUGAUCUUUUUCUGUUUCUGUGUUUGCUAUUAAUUGUGGAUAACUCGUCGGCGCGUG